AUGCUCAUCUUUAUUCAGACAAUAAUAAUCAAUCUCAUCACAACUGGAACAGCAACCAAAGCAUUUUACAAGAAACAGGAUUCAAGAGCUGAUAACCCACCUAUAAUACGGGACUCAGGGGUAAAGGGGUGCAAGAUGGACGAUUACAGUCGUGGUUACGAUGGGCGGUAUGACCGUCCCGUGAGCCGUUACCAUAACGAUCACAGUGUUCACGCGUAUGGGAAAAGACAAAGUUACAGUCGUCCGUAUUGGCGAGAAGGUGUUAAUGGCGGUCACAACAGCAAUAGAGGACUGUUUAAAGGUGAAACAUAUUAUCCAAGUAGAUCCAGACUAUCCCAGACUCCCCCAGAAUCUAUCAACAGAACGCGACGACCAUCUCCGGUAUUGAAAUACAAUAGCUUGCAUUUCAAAGAACAAUAUCAUUACUUUGACCCACAAGUCAAAAAACUGUUGCAUCGUGGAGUCAUGCAAACAUGGCAAUCUGAGAGCCUCCCGAAAUCGGGUUACGUGAUUGUGCAGGAAUCACAAUCAGCAGGAAAGCCAAAAGCCGUCCUCAAAGCUAGAACUCCAGACCAAGCUGCUAAGGACCCCAGGAUUUCAGCUUUGAGUAAUGGGAGCGGAGCCACGAGAGUAAACGCGUUGAGGAAAGCUCGCAGGCAGUUGUUACGACUACCUCGCAUUACACGCGACAAACAUUCAGUGGGACCGCCGCCACCUGACGAGAUCGUAGUGUACCCCAUGGUUCGAGAUUCACAGAACACUGUGCCUGAUGCACUCAUAAAGAGCUACUUUUCCACUUUUGGCGAAAUCUCUCAUUUUGAAAGUUUCAGUGACCCUAGCAAUGCAUUACCGCUUUACGUUUACGUCAUAAGGUACACUGGUCCACCCGGAAAUCUAGACGCUCCAUAUCGCGCUGCAUAUAAGGCUGCUAAAACCUUUGAGAAUACACAUUAUUUUGUAUCUGGCUUUAAGUUUGUCGUUGCUCUCAAUAUCGAUCACCAAUCGACAAAAGUUGUCAAUACUAUCAUUGAAGAAAACGCCAAACAAGCUCUCAAAUUGAGAAGACAGGUUGAGAGACAGAACGUUGUAAAGGAAUUGCCAGCAGGUCCUAAGACGAAUGUGAUUCCGUCGGACUUGGAAAAAGUACUUCAAGGGAGACCAUCACUAUUCGUAACCAAGAAGAUCAUAGCCAUACAUGGGCUGAAUGUUGAGGAUUUCAAAAUAAAAUUAGCGAAGUACAGGUUCUCAAGAAUCAUCGAUCACAGCUCGGGAUUUUAUAUUGUUUUCAAUGACAUUUCUGAUGCUAAGGCAUGCAUGUAUGUGGAGUCUGAAGUUUUGACUCUCAGUUCGAGGAAAAGAAGGAAACCGGUUGUGAUCAGAUUUUCUUUGAAAGAGUCAAGUUCACCAACACCUGCUAGGGGUCAGCAUGCAUCGCACCACAGCGUUAAAAAAGAAUACGCUUCUAUAGAAGACAUUGUGAAUACUGCCUCCGAAAGUAUUAUACAAGACUUGAUCUUGGCUCUUGGCAGGGACCUUAAAAGGAGAAUAGUGGGACCUACGGUUUUUGAUGCAUUGAGUCCGCAAAACUACCCCGAAAUCCUUGCUAGGAAGGAAGAGGAUGAGAAGAAGAAGCACGAAUUGAGACUCAUCGCGGCUGCAACAAAACAAGAACAACAGUCAAAGUCUUCUACAUUUGAUAUUUUUAAUUUGUACGGUGCGCGUUUUAGCAGUAAAACGCAUUCCAAAAAAGAGCACCGCAGGAGCACAAAACUUGGAAGAGGAAAUUUGAAGGAUUCUGAAUCAGAUCUAACGCUUGUUAAACCCAUGACACACCUACUCAAUGAAGAUUCCGGCACUAAUACUCCAUCGGGAUUGGAAACGCAAGUCGAAGAGGCCGAGGUUUCAAGCUCGUCCGAAGCGGAUGAUGUCCGCGAAGGAUCUGAAAAUUUGGAAGAGCCAUCUUCUGAUGAUUUUGAGCGUCCCGGAAAAAGAGCGAAGCAUGAAUCAUCUGAGGCGACAACUCCCGAAGUGGAUGCUGAGAAAUUCGUGUUGAGCAGCUCAAGAACUGAUGAACUAAUGAGGAUCUCUGAAAAAUUUCGACCAACAGCUUCUGAGCGUCCUACCAUGGUAUACUCACCUGACCUGUUUGAUAGCACAGGGCCUAUAUCAGCGGUUGACCUUCGCGAUGCAGUAAAGGAUGACGAAGACUUGACGAUUUUGAGAAAAGUGUUGAAAUUCGAGAAUGCGGAUACAUUCGACGAGAGGGAAACAUUUAAACUGAGUUCGAUGUUGUUUGAAAUGAGUCUUGCGUCUAGGGAGAAUAAGAAGGUUCUUGCCCUACAGAAUGGCGCAAAUGAGGUUGCAUUUGAUGAUUCUCUUAGAAGUGCUGCGGGCAGCUUUAAGGCUGGGGGUUUUAGAAAGAUAUCUGACAGACUCAAAAACUGCUAUUUACCACAUCGCAGGAAGUUGCAUCAGCCGCUCAAUACCGUUUACAAUCAUCAAGAUGGUGCGGAGAUGCACACCGAAGCAGGUAGGAUAGAUACUGACAAACCAGAUUCCGAGAGCCACUCAUCGGAGAUCACCUCUUCAAGAGUCAAUAGGGCAAUGAAUAGACGAUUUCAACAAGACAUUGAAGCUCAGAAGGCAAUGAUAGGCUCAGAAUCUGAGCUUCUGACUCUCAAUCAGUUAACAAAGCGGAAAAAGCCGGUGACGUUCGCUCGGUCUGCCAUUCACAACUGGGGUCUUUAUGCUUUAGAGCCCAUAGCUGCGAAAGAAAUGAUUAUUGAGUAUGUUGGAGAAAUACUUCGUCAACCGGUUGCUGAAAUGAGGGAACGAACCUAUCUGAAGUGCGGCAUUGGAUCGAGUUAUCUUUUCAGAGUCGACGAGUCGACUGUUAUCGAUGCCACAAAGAAGGGUGGCAUUGCUAGGUUUAUUAAUCAUUGUUGUGAGCCCAGCUGUACCGCCAAGAUCAUUAGAGUUGACGGAAGAAAGAGAAUCGUUAUUUAUGCAUUGAGGGACAUCGCGGCUAAUGAAGAAUUGACUUACGACUACAAAUUUGAAAGGGAAAUGGACGAUGAAGAAAGACUUCCCUGUCACUGCGGUGCUCCUUCUUGCAAAGGAUACCUGAAUUGA